GUGUCACCCUCACGCUUCCGGGGAUCCUCCAAGCUCACUUAAUACACGCACAGGCACACGCCUCAUUCGUGCCAAUCUAAAGAACACACACACGCAAACACGCUCGAGCCUGCACGCACGCGCGAAACCCUAGCCGUCGCACGCAAACACAUCAUCUCACACGCGCCUCCCUUCUCUCCCUGGCCGGACCCGUCCCCUACUUGCCGGAAAAGCUUACAUUUCUCAUAUUUUCUUGGCUUUCUUUCCUCCGUGAGGCUCCGGCGACCGGCCGUGGACGAUGCCGGAGAUAGUCUGAUGACCGGGAAGUUUACGUAUUACUGUGGCGAAAUUAGGGUUUUGAAACAGGAAAAAAGGAUCUGUUGUUCCUAUGAAGACACGAGGUUAGAUAGCUUGCUUUUGUGAUUUAAGAAAGUUAAGUUUAUGGAUAAAAUGGAGGUAGAUAACACUACUGAGCUUUAGAUUAAAGUGAAGGUUUUGCGUGAAUAUAUACUCGGAUUAUUGAGGCAUAGUGUGGCAAGCUGAUAUGAGAAGGCAGAUGUAGAGUCAGUGUGCUGCAGAAUUUUGUAGAUCAUGUGGCAACUUUUUUGCAUCCAUGUGAGUACUUGAGUGGCAAUGGUGGCAUUUGUCUUAGAGAUAUUCAACUACUAAGUACAGGUUGAGUUAAGAAGUUUCGAGAGAGAGAGAGAGAGGAUGGCAACAGAUAUGCAAAAAUUGAUUGGAACAAGUGAAGAAGAUGAUGAGGAAGAAAUGGACAUGGAUGUUAAAGAAGAAGAUGAUGAAGAUGAAAACAGGGAGAAACAUAUUGCCAGACAAGUGAUGGUAGGGAUUGAUGGAGGGAUGGCAUCAAACAGCAGUAAUAAUCAGUUUCUACAUCACCAGCAUAUUCAAGAUCAAGUUAGCACUCUAGGAGGGGGAGGAGGAGCACGGAGAAGUAGACCACUUGAGGAAAAAGAGAGAACUAAGCUAAGAGAGCGUCACCGGAGGGCAAUUACUGCAAGGAUCUUGGCAGGGUUAAGAAGGCAUGGGAAUUAUAAUCUUAGGGUUAGAGCUGAUAUCAAUGAUGUGAUUGCUGCUUUGGCCAGGGAAGCUGGCUGGGUAGUUCUUCCAGAUGGAACCACCUUUCCUUCAAGAACUCAGAACCCAAGGCCAUUGGGUGGCACUUCUGCAGGGGCAAUUUCAUCAUCUACCCAUCUGGUGUCACAACAGACUCCAUCUGCUUCCCUUAGGGGAGUCUCUCCUGGUUAUCGGCCUUCAGUAGAGUACAAUUCGUCUCGUCUGAAAGGUGUUUUUGUGCCUGCUCCAUCACCCUAUGAUCUACCCACAAGCACUCAAUCACAAAAUUCAGCAAUGAUGGGGGAUGGAGGGGAACAAACAGAGAGUCAUCCUCUCAUCAGUGGCUCCUUGGAUAAUGUCAAUGAUAAGCAGAUAGUUGACAUGUCACCAAAGUUAUUGGAGCGAGAUUUUACUGGCAGUUCAUAUGUACCUGUUUAUGUAAUGUUACCAUUGGGUGUCAUAAAUAUGAAGUGUGAACUGGCUGAUCCAGAUGGUCUAUUAAAGCAGCUGAGGGUAUUGAAAUCUGCAAGUGUUGAUGGUGUCAUGGUUGACUGCUGGUGGGGAAUAGUGGAGGCACAUGCUCCACAGGAAUAUAACUGGAAUGGUUACAAGAGGCUCUUUCAGAUGGUCCAUGAGCUUAAGCUUAAGCUACAGGUUGUGAUGUCAUUUCAUGAAUGUGGAGGCAAUUUUGGUGAUGAUGUUUGUAUCCCUCUUCCACAUUGGAUUGCAGAAAUCGGUCGAAGUAAUCCUGACAUUUUUUUCACUGAUAGAGAGGGAAGACGUAACCCAGAAUGCCUUUCAUGGGGAAUUGACCGAGAACGAGUUUUAAGAGGUCGAACUGCUCUUGAGGUAUACUUUGACUAUAUGAGAAGCUUCCGGGUAGAAUUUGAUGAAUUCUUUCAUGAUGAUCUUAUCUCCAUGGUUGAGAUUGGGCUUGGUCCAUGUGGGGAGCUACGAUACCCUUCUUGUCCUGUAAAGCAUGGUUGGAGAUAUCCUGGUAUUGGUGAAUUUCAGUGUUAUGAUCAGUAUUUGUUAAAAUCCCUGAAAAAGACAGCAGAAGCAAGGGGACACCCAUGUUGGGCUAGAGGACCAGAAAAUGCUGGUACCUAUAAUACCCAACCGCAUGAAACCGGAUUCUUCUGUGAUGGAGGAGAUUAUGAUGUCUACUAUGGCAGGUUCUUCCUUAAUUGGUAUUCUCGUAUUUUGGUUGAACAUGGUGAUCGGGUGCUUUCUCUGGCAAAGUUAGCUUUUGAAGGCACGCAAAUUUCUGCAAAGCUAUCAGGUAUUCACUGGUGGUACAAGACGGCCAGUCAUGCUGCUGAAUUAACUGCUGGAUAUUACAACCCAUGUAACCGUGAUGGUUAUGCUGCAAUUGCUGUAAUGCUAAAGAAGCAUGGAGCCACUCUAAACAUUUCAUAUUCUGAAUUGCGGAUGUUAGACCAGCAAGUGGACUUUUCAGAUGCACUCUCGGAUCCUGAUGGAUUAUUGUGGCAAGUUCUGAAUGCUGCAUGGGACGUUGACAUACCAAUUGCUAGUGAAAAUGCUCUUCCUUGCCAUGAUAGAAUUACCUAUAACAAGAUUUUGGACAAUGCCAAGCCCCUGAAUAAUCCAGAUGGAAGGCAUUUUUGGUCUUUUACAUACCUUAGGCUUAGCCCACUUCUCAUGGAUAGACAGAACUUCAUGGAAUUUGAACGAUUUGUGAAGAAAAUGCAUGGUGAAGCACUAGAGAAUUACUCAUUACUAUUUAUUCUCCAAUUUUUUUAGUCUCUUAAAUGCUGCCUAAUUUAUCCUGUUACCUAAUCCGAACGCGUCUGGUAGGAAGGUAAGUAAUUCUCAAUAAAAAAAUGGUUGAAAAACAAGGGUGAUUAAUUACUCUGCACAAAAUUAGGCUUUUGCACUUUUCUAGUCCAAGAAGGUGCGACGCUGUCCAGAAUUAGAAGGAUCACCGAUUUGUUUGCCUGGGAUGGAAAAUUUUUUGGUUUGAUAUGGUCUGCUGUAGCCUUUGUUUUAUAAAUCUUAUGAUCAUCAUCUAUCUGUGACCUUUAAAAAGUUAAAUCCCAGACUUACAAGCUAUGUUCAAAGAAAGUAAAGGACUUCAUUUUCAUGUGGGACCUUUUAGCUGAAUCAUUUGAAUGAAUGAACUCCAAUUCUCUUUCAUAGGCAUACAAUUCUACCAAAAAGUUGUAGUUUGAUACAUGAAAUAGAACGCAAGCCUUUUAAAUUGUUAGCAAGCAAUUUUUAUUUUCAUUUUUAAAAAUUUUCAUUAUUAAUGCUUUCUGAUUCAUGCGUCAGCAUCCAAGGGUGAAAUAGAAUUAGAAUUGCAAGCAUCAGUGUCCAUGUAUUCUGCAUUAGAUCACCGUGGUUGAUGUUUUUCAUUUUCA